AUGUCUCCCCACGGACCCUCACCACCCCCCGGACUGCGCCAUCGGGGUCCAGUUCGCGCCGCCACGGUGGCUCACUUAGAACCAUCCCAGGCGCAACGUCGCAACUCCAUUUUGUCGGAUACCGUCUCCGACGCCCGUCGUUCCCUACGCUCCUCGACUGACGAUCUCUUCCUUCCCCGCGCCCCCGCACGCAGUGAGCGCGUCGCGACCCCGGACGAGUCGCAUUGGCAAUCCUUCCCCCUGGGCUUGGCCUUGUUACCAGCGGUCGCGGGCCUCUUCUUCAAGGAUGGGAGUGCGAUCGUCACCGAUGUGACCCUGCUGGUGAUAGCUGCCAUCUUUCUGAACUGGUCCGUCAGGCUUCCAUGGGACUGGUAUCGCUCUGCACAGGCCACCCUUCAACAACGACAAGAUAAGUACUAUGACGUAGCAGAGGUCCCUCCGGAUGUCGACGGUCACGACACCACGGACAAAACCGGCGGCGACGAUGCCCAUUCUAGUAGUGUCGACAAGGACAAACGUCGCCAGAGAUCGUCGGACGCGGCAGCAGCCCGCAAAGAAUUGAUGAGACACGAACUCGCCGCUUUGGUCAUGUGCUUUGUCUUUCCGAUUGUCGGCACCUUGCUCUUACACACGAUUCGCUCCCAGCUCUCGCGCCCCUCCGAGGGCCUCGUCUCCAACUACAACUUGACCAUCUUCCUUUUGGCCUCGGAGAUCCGUCCGGCCUCCCACCUCUUGAAGAUGGUCCAAGCGCGCACGCUCCAUCUCCAGCGCAUCGUCCUCGACUCGGACGAAUUCGACGACCCAGACAGUGAGCGCAUCGAUGCGCACAAGAUCCUGGAUCUGACCAAACGGCUGGAAGAACUCGAGGCGCACGUCGCCGAAACCGCCGCGCAACGGUUGCGCUCUACCGCGGAAGGCGCUGACCACGCGGACACACCCUUGGACAUGGAAAAGCUGGUCACUCAGGCCAGUGUUGAAGUCCGCAAAACCAUCCAGCCCGACAUCGACGCCCUGAACCGCGCCGUCCGACGCUACGAGAAACGCACCGCCAUCUCGGGCUACCAGACGGACGGCCGGCUCCAAGCCGUCGAGCGACAUGUCAACGACGCGGUGUCGCUCGCGGCUGCGGCCCAUCGCCAGCCCCGAGGCUUCUUCCACGUCGUCUUUGACUCUCUGUGCGCCGCUGUCUUGGUCCCAGUGCAGUUCUUCCUGUCGUUGGCGUCUCUCCCCGCACGGCUGGUACGGCGUGUGUCGGGACUCCUUUCGUUUCCGACCCGCCUAGGAAAGCGUCCCCCAGGGAACAAGGGCAAGAGGAAGGCUUCUCCAGCUCAGGGAUCCCAGGUAAACUCGUCUUCUCGAUCACCAUCGUCCUCGAGGCGCACGAGGCGGGAUAGAUCAACCCAGGAGGGUGAUGUCGAGGGGAAGGCACUGAAACCGAUACGGGAGAAUGAUUGA